AAGCCAGGUAACAAAGUAGAACACAGAAAGGCUGACAAAUAUAAGCGAGGUUAAGAAGAGCACACCACGCGGCAGUUUAAAGUUACACUUGUCGGCCUUUCCUGACUGGAGUCAGCCACGUAUUGCUGUAAUGUGCUUAUGUGUCACGCACACGAAGUGCUGAGACGCCGAUGAAUACGCACAUGAGACGCGGGCGGUUGAGAGUCACUGAGAGAAAAAUAACAUGGCAAAGAGCAAGGACGAUAUCAAGUAUGGGACUGCGCAGGCGAGGCUGAACGAGGAUGAAGCCGUGAGGGUGAGUUACAAGCACGGCACUCCACUUGAAGGUGGCAAGAUUGCAGACUCUGAACCUGUUGAUUUCUUUCCCAGCUCCCGAACUAUCUCCAAGGCCACUCCUACUCCUAAUCAAUGUGAUUCUACGAACCAACCUCAGCAAGAUCGUGGCCCUGGACAUGCAGCAGACAGUGCAGGAAAUACCAAGGAUUCCACCACCAUCAACACCAGUGGAAACAUGUCUAAAAAGACACCGCCUACGCUACAACAUGGAUGAAGAGAGAUCUGUCAUUAGAUUGCCCAUGCACUCUUAGUAGAAUUUUGUAACUCGUUAAGUUUUGAUGAAUUUGAAGCCAAAUGCUUGUCAGAAAGUACUAUGCCAUGUUUCCCGCAGCUGUACUAAUCCUAAUAUGCAUAAGAUAAUUUACGAAGGUAACAAUUUUUUUUUUCGAAGAUGAUCGGAAAUGUCCAUCGUUACAAAGUGGUAUGAAAUUAUGAAUUAUUCGGAAUGGGCUAGCAAAAUCUCUAAAAUGCCCAUCCUACUUGCUCA